UGGCUUUGAUUCCUCAACAAGUCGAAGCAGCCGAGGAGGCGAAGCGAAACCGCCAGUCACCCACUUCUCCGCUGGAACGGGAGCACGUCCCUCCACCUCCACCAACACCGCAAGUCCGCAACAAUCGAGGCCAAAAACCCCAACCAGUCCCCCAUCCGCUCCUCUCCUCAGCCCAGCCACGCCCCCACGCGGCCACGCCCCGGCGAUCUCUUCCUACGUGCGCGCGUGCCCCCAGCCUGCGUCGAGCCUUCACGCCACCACCCACCAACGUGCGCCCCCCCGGCACGAUGUCCUCCGGCGCCGACGCCUCCGACCUCGACGCCGCGCUCGCCCUCCUCUCCGGCCCGGACCUCGUGGCGCACCUCCGCGCCACCUGCCGCAGGGCGGACUACGACGCGGCCUCGCGGGUGCUCGGCGACCGCGACCGCAGGCUUGCCCAGGUCGACGACGAGCUUGCCGAGGCCCGGAUGGGCCUGGCGAACUUGGCCGCGCAGGUCCAGGACCUGGUGGAGCGCUGCCUCGCGCUCAAGGCGGAGGAGAGCCGCGGGACGGGCAACCGCUCCUCGGGUGGCGCGAUCGCGAUCGCGGCCGCGGCGCCGCGGGUCGACUGGCGCGCUGAGGAGCCGGGCCCGAAAGGGGCUAUUGACCUCUGCAGCAGCAGUGACGACGACGAGUUGGAGGAAGGGGAGUUCCGCCCCGAUGUCGCGGGGGUUUCUUGCAAGCGGAAGGAGUCCGCGCCCAAGGGCGACGAAGGGCGCAGCGCGGGGGUUUCUUGCAAGCGGAAGGAGUCCGCGCCCAAGGGCGACGAAUGGCGCAGCGCGGGGGUUUCUUGCAAGCGGAAGGAGUCUGCGCCCAAGGGCGACGAAGGGCGCAGCGCGGGGGUUUCUUGCAAGCGGAAGGAGUCUGCGCCCAAGGGCGACGAAGGGCGCAGCGCGGGGGUUUCUUGCAAGCGGAAGGAGUCCGCGUCCAAGGGCGACGAAGGGCGCCGCGCGGGGCUUUCUUGCAAGAGGAAGGCACCCGCGUCCGCGUGCUCGCCUGACAACGACGACGACGACAAAAUCCCACUCAGCCAGCUUAUCAAGAAGCGGAGGAGAGCUAAGCCUUGGGCUAAUGGCGAACCCAAGAAGGGGCAUGGAGAUGUGCAGGCGAAUUCUGCUGGACCUUUGGGGGUUGAUCGGCCUGUGAUUUCUCCCGUGAACAGGGGAAUCCCCGAAGCAGUCGCUAAGCACAUGGUUGGUAGCCCUGAUGAUCCAAAGGUGGCGGCUUUCUUGCAGGGGACUGGGAAUGGAAAAUCGGGGAAUAAUGGGGGAUUGUCCAGGACAAUGCUGAAUCCUCCGCCCACUGGUUCCACUGCUGGGAACAGCCCGCGCAGGAACUGCUCCAAGCCCGAUGGCUCUGAAGGCCGAGCGAGGAUUGGUGAGCAACAAGGUCAUGUUGCUGGUCCAGAGAACGAUGCGCCUAUUCAGGUGAGAACUCCAAGGAUUACAGACACGGUGAGGAGAAUUGUGGCAUCAGCCCGAGUUGGUGCUGAGACGCCCAUGGAGCACACUGAUUCUUCAUCGGAUGGAACUAUCAGCAUGGUUCUCAAGUCUAUCCAAGGGCAGGAGAAAGCAAUUGGUGGAGUGCACAAGACAAAGGUGUCGCUGGAAACUAAUAAUGGAACUGUGGACAAAGCUAGCAUUGUGGUUAAGGAUACUAGAGAGCAAGGGAUACCAGAUGGCCAAGUGCUCCACACAAAGGUGCUGUCAAGAACUGAGGGAAUUAGGGAACAAGGGGUUAACCUCAGUCCAUGUCAGAGCUGGGUGGAUACUCAUGGAUGCAGUCCCACGACAUCAGAUAAGCCAGUGUCAGCCACCUUGCAGCAGAAAAACCAUCUUGCGCUUCAUUCGGAGCAAAUGUCAGUAGAGAGUUCAUUGCCUUCAGCAGUUACAGGACACUGGAAAUCUUCUUCAGAUGUUCUUUUCUCAUGCGUAGCAAAUAAGGAGCUCUGCAUGCAAGCUUCUUGUGCUCUUCACCGCCAGAAAAAGUUUAUAACUCAGGGAGGAAUCACCAAAUUUGAUGCACACAGGGCGGCUGUGUUGGUGGAAUUUCUUUUGGAUGGCAACCUUCAGGGACCGCUGAAAAGAACUGCUGAGGACCUAGUGAAGCAUGAUUCUACAGGGCAUGAUUUUCUUGAGAGAGUAGUAGUGCAGUGCUGUGAGCAAUUGUUCGGUAUUUACAAGAACAAAGAUGAUAAAUACUUUCGUUGAAAGCGGCAAAACUGUAUCUGGUAAGGUUUGCACACUUAUCAUAUGGAAGGGGUUACUAUGUUUUGUUGUGAUAAUGUGAUGUAUAUAGCUUAUGCUGAAACUAAUCAUCUUCAUGGAUUAGAACGGCUAGCAGUUGUAGAAGUUGCAGUAACUUUGUUUCUUUACUUGCAUUGUGUUUUGAAAGAUAAUACUGAGUGAGCUCA